UAAAUGUGAUGAAGAUUUGGAAGGACAACAGGGUGAAGUAGGCUUAUCCAAUACUGAGACUCGUAUAGGGGGACAAUACAAGGACAAAUGUCUUCACCAGAAUUAUGUAAGGCUCUUUUGGUUGCAUCACUAAAUUCUGUUUGCCAUACCAUGGAUAAAUGGGUUGAACAAGGAAACGAGUUAACCCGGACAGACAUACACAUGGCCCUGCGUUAUCUUCGUCAGCGGAAACUGUAUGCCAAGGCCUUGAAGGUAUCUGAGUGGUUGGAAUCAUCAAACCAUAUUGAGUUAACAGAAUUGGAUUACUCCGGUCAAGUUGAUUUAAUCGCUAAAGUCUGUGGUCUACAAGUAGCAGAAGCUCGUAUAGAGAAAAUUGCAGAACCAUUCAGAAGCGAAAGAGUUUAUCAGGCUCUCUUGGCAAAUUGUGUUUCUACAUUCAACAUGAGAAAAUCAGAAGAGGUGUUCAAGAAAAUGACCGACCUCCGGCUCCCAAUUUCAUGCUUCACUUGCAACCAGCUUCUCCUUCUAUACAAGCAGGCAGACAAAAAGAAGAUCGCUAAUGUACUUUUACUGAUGGAAAAAGAAAAUGUGAAACCAAACCUAUUCACUUAUAAAAUCUUGAUGGUUGUUAAGGGGCAGUGUGAUGACAUAGCUGGAAUGGAAGAAGUUAUUGAGAAAAUGAAGAAUGAUGGAGUAGAGCCUGAUAUUAGUACCAAAUGCCUCAUUGCCAGGAUCUAUAUCCGUUGUGGUCUCAAUGAGAAAGGUGAGGCCAUGAUGAAAGAUAUGGAAAGUGACCCAGUGGGAGGAAAAUCUUGGGCUUUUACCAAUUUGCUACUGCUGUACGCUAUCCUUGGGAAGGAGGAUGAGGUCAGCAGGAUUUGGAAACUAUGUGAGCCUAACCCACGCUUAGAACAAUGUGCUGCUGCCAUCGCAGCAUGGGGAAGGCUGAAGAACAUUGAGAAGGCAGAAGAAAUGUUGGCCAAGGGGAAGGACCUCGUGAUGCGGAUGAGGAAGAACGGUUGCCACAUAGGCGUAUCGACUUGGAACUCACUUGUGAAGCUUUAUAUUGUGGCCGGAGAAUUGAAAAAAGCUGAAGGCAUAUUGGCUAUGGCAUCCAAACAGAAAGGCAUGAAGCCACUGCUGACCUCUUACAUUGCAAUCAUCGAGGAAUAUGCUAAAAAGGGGGAUGUCCAUAGCUGCGAGGAGAUAUUCCUGAAAAUGAGAAAUGGAGGGUUUUUGUCAAUUUAUUGGCUGUACCAGACGCUUGUUAAAGCGUAUGUGAAUGCAAAUCUUCCUGCAUAUGGGAUGAAAGAGAGGAUGAAGGGUGAUGGUGUUUUUCCAGGGGGUGUAUUGCUUACCUUGUUGCAUCGGGUCAAUCCGUUACACUAUCCGAGUCAGACAACAAUAUCGAAUGUGGUAGAGUGAGGGUGCUUAGAGGCGGACCCACUUAGAGUCCCAUGGGGUUCCGGGACCCCCUGGAGCUCAUGUAGGGUCUCAUAUAUAUUAGGUAUUUUGUAGUGAUGGUAUAAAAUGAGCGAAAAGCAUUAUGUGAUACAUGGUGUUUGUGCUCUAGUGGUCACCCGCGAGUUUACUUGUGACGGAUUGCGUGUUCGAUUCUCCAUAGCACUGAGCGUCUGAGCUUGUGUGUUU